AUAUUUUAUCCGUAUCUAGUGUUAACAAAUACAUUUCUUGUGUUACUACCAUGAAAGCCAAGAUGGCCGCCGCGGUUUGUAAUUCUGGAACUCAGUCUGAAUUUGCAAAAGAAAAACAUGUCAAAUUCUUCAAGAGAUGUCUACAAGUUCUUCCUAGUAGGUACUGUUCACUAGAUACGACGAGGUUGACAGUUGCUUUCUUUGCCCUCUCUGGUCUGGACCUUCUUGGAGCCUUAGAAACUAUUAAUAAACAAGAGAUCAUAGACUGGAUCUACUCCCUACAAGUUUUGCCUGACAAAGAUGAUGAAGACAAAAAUCUGUUCAGAUGUGGUUUCCGUGGCUCUUCAACAAUAGGAGUGCCAUACAAUCCAUCAAAGGAAGAAGUAUCAGCAUAUCCAUAUGACAGUGGACACAUAGCAAUGACUUACACAGGACUGUGCUCCUUGCUGCUGCUUGGUGACGAUCUGUCCAGGGUGAACAGGAAAGCUUGCAUCAAAGGGCUGCAAUCCCUGCAACUAGCAGAUGGAAGCUUCUAUCCAUCUCUAGAGGGGGGUGAGAAUGACAUGAGGUUUGUGUACUGUGCCUCCUGUGUCAGCUACAUCCUGGAUGACUGGAGUGGCAUGGAUGUGGACAAGGCGGUCAGCUACAUCAAAAACAGCAUGGGUUAUGAUUUUGGAUUGGCUCAGGGACCUGGACUUGAAACUCAUGGUGGCUCCACGUUCUGUGCAGUGGCAUCCCUGUGCCUUAUGAACAGAGUCCAGGAGGCCUUCUCUGACAGACAGCUGGACGGGCUGAAGAGGUGGUGUCUGUUCCGCCAGCAGUCAGGCUUUCAGGGGCGACCAAACAAGCCUACCGACACGUGCUACUCCUUCUGGGUGGGGGGGACACUGAAGCUGCUGGACUGUUAUCCCCUGAUUGACCACAUGGCCAACAAGGACUUCAUCCUGUCCACUCAGGACACUGUGGUAGGGGGGUUUGCCAAGUGGCCAGACAGCCAUCCUGAUGCUCUGCACUCAUACUUUGGUGUGGCUGGCUUGUCUUUGCUUGGGGAGGAAGGUCUCCAACCAAUGUUUCCUGCCUUGAACAUCAGCCAAGGUGCUGCCAACAGCCUGCGGUCUAUUCACAAGAGCUGGCGCAAACAGCAAGUGGACAGCUGACAAAAUUUCUGAUCAUGUAUAGAUAGGAAUGUCCAAGAUUUUUUAAACACAGAUAGUGGAAAAGAUGGAACAAUUACUCCAGGCCCAUAAUCAGAAGGUAUUUUGUAUUUCUGGAACACGAAUACCGCUGUGCAUUCAAGCAGAGUUCGAAGGGAAAGUUUUAUUUUGCUUGCCCCAUUUUUCCAAUUAGGACGACACAUAUGAAGACCAUGCCAAUGUAAGAACAUCCUAACUGUUGAACUGGACUGCAGAGACCUAUUUGAUUCAAUGAGUGUAAAUAAUAUGAUGUGAGAUUAUUAAACUACAGUGCUAUGAGAAAUAAAGUCAAUAUUGUUGCAAUUAUUUUGCCAUACAGAUGAGAAAAUGCCUUCAUAUUCAUAAUCCUGGAAAACAAAUUGCAUGUGUCACCAAGAAUACACAAACUUUAAGCUAAAAUACAGUGUCUCGAAACCAAGCAGUCACAAUACCUGUAAUGUAUGUUUUAAAUCUAUUUCAUUUUUAGAAUGCAAGGGGAGCUAUUAAGCAAGAAAUCUGACUGGCUCUAUAUAUUUUUUGUUUUAAUAUGCAAGUAUACUAAGUCUAUCUUAUUGUUACAUUCACAAAAGCAGUCAUCAUAUAGAUGUUGUAAAGCAAUUUGGUACAAAUGUUGCCAUCUGAAACUGUGAUACAUGCAAUACUAUACAUUUGAUCAAUUUAACUUAUAACUGUAUGUUAUGACAGUUGCCCAUCCAUGUUAUGUGAGGCCAUAUUUACAUAAUUGUAUGUUUAUCAUCAUGUUUAAUUUGAAUUGACCAUCCUGAUAGAUAAUAAACACAGAUCAUUGUACCUUG